CUCUACAGUUCUACACUCCCACACUGCUUUGCUCCAUCAGCCUGUGAUUGGAUCCACCUGUGCCAGCCUGGAGCAGUCAACAGGACUCCAGCUGCUACUCUCUCUAGACUUGUUUCAUUUUUAUUUCACUAAGAAGCAAAAAAACUGCAGUAUUUUUAAAAUGGGAUUAGGAUUCAUGCUACGGUGGAUACUUGUUGUAGCUUCAGUCUGUGCACAGAAGGAGCCACCCAUACAUAUCUACAGUGAGUGUCUGGGAAACCUAUUUCGUUUUGAUGUGGGCCCGGUAACAGGAAGCAGACUGGAGAUAGCUGCGUUUUACAAUGGAUCUUGGGUGGUCCUGACCCGGAGCCUGGCCUCUCAGUGUGGUUUCAGCUUCAACAUGGACUCCUCCAGAACAGUGCACAUCUAUGCCUCUGUGCUCAGCUGCUUCGCCCACAACCAGAAGGACCAGGAGUUCAGUCUGGAGCUGGAACUGAGACUGUCGAAAAACCAGGUCUACAACGUCUCACAGAGCUGCCAGUACAGAGACUGGGCCUCGAGGGAGGUGCUCUGCCACAGUGACCACAUGGAGGUGUCAGUGCAAAGGGUGCUGCCAGAUGACCACAUCCUACCAAAGUUCUUGACCUAUGAGAGUAGGUCCUUGGAUCCCAGACGAGAGGCACAGAAGCAGCCCAUGGACCCAGGCUUCCUCUCCACCACUGUGCUAUUCCUCUCAUCAGACAAGGAGCGCUCCCUGGACGUGACUGAGGUGCUUAGCAGAGGAUACGGCUUCAGGCUCACUCACAGCAGACUCGUCCUCCGCAGCCCCCUGUCCACAGCAGAGACCUAUGUCCAGCAGGUGUCCAGUGUGCCCAUGACUGUGUUGAGGACCUCCACUCUGUUUGGGACCAAGUGGCUGACCUCUCAGGUCAAUGCUGCAGCGGCCUGUCCCAUCCUGCCAGGUGGUGUCUUGUUUAGGGACAGCGCCAUCCACUGGUCACUGCCCUGGCGCAUCUCCCCCCUGCUGUCCUCAGGUCAGAUCACUCUGUUGGAUGUGGGGAUGGGCGUGAAUGGGCAGAGGCUGAGGCCCGCUGACCUGAAGGCCCGUGGGUACACUCUCACUGUGGGGGACCCCUACAUCGUGGUGCAGAUCCCCAUUGGAGCCGAAGGAGGCCACUACAAGAGUGUGGUGCAGGACGGCAUGUACCUGAUGUCCUACCGCGUAGAGCCCAUGAUAGAGCUGCUGUGGACAGAGGACAUGUCCUUUGAACGCACCCGAUACAAGGUCCUGUUCCCCAUCAGCACCCCCCUGCUCCACCUGCCCCCCCAAGUCUCUCAGGAUACAGAUCCUCCAGAGAAAAUUUUUAAGGUCUCCAUUGGACCUUUUGCUCCUGACGUGGUUCUGCUCAACAUCUCAUUCCCCUCGGAGAGCCUGAGCCUGGAGCAGAGCAUCUCCAGAGGGUUCAAGGUGCAGGAGCAGGCCCAGGCGCACAGCAGCCUGAAGACCUUCUCUGUUCACCUGCCUCUCACAGACACAGCAGUGCUGAAGACGAUGCAGAAGCACUCGGACCUCGUGGUUUACUCUGCCCACGUGACAUUUGGCUUCCUGGUGUUACCAGAGCUCCAGUCAUUUUACCUCUCUACGUCUCUGGAGGCUCAACUCAUGGACACAGUGCCUCCUUCAGUGAGCGGUGCCUGUGAUGGUCAGAACUUCCUGGUCGUGGUCCAGUCCGGCUCUCAGCAGUUCCAGAUGAUGGUGGGUCAGAGCGCACUGACCUCGGAUCUGGCCAAACACUAUGGCUUUGUGGAAAAUGGCACGCACUUCUCCCUCACUGUGCCCAUCCUCGCGCCGGAUGUCAUAUAUGAGGCCAUUGAAGCGUCCUGGGUCACAGCGCGGUUGGAGCUGACUCUGGUCUCUCCUGAGGACAACCGCCGCAUCAAGGACUUCUCUCUGAGUUGCAAAUUCUACACCACUCUCACUGAGUGUUUCUCUAAUGGCACCAUCACGGCCCUGGCUCUGAUGCUGGAGUCUGUCCCUGGUCUGGAUCUUGGUCAGCUCACUCUGUUGGACCCUGCAUGUAGAGCCCGUUUCAGCACCAAGCACUACGCCUACUUCAGCUUCACUGCCAACUCCUGUGGCACCACCCGCAAGUUUGUGGGCAACAGUAUGGUUUAUGAAAACGACAUCUCUCUGCCUGAUGAAGGGCUGGCUCAGAGGGAUGCAGACGACGCAGAGUAUCAUUUGAGGGUGACGUGUUUCUACGACACAAACACCACCUCUGCACUCUCUCUCCUGGUCAGCCCCCGGGCGAGUGAGCCCUUUGCAGAGAGCGCCACGGGCCAGCUACAGGUGCACAUGAGGAUGGCUCGCGAUGAGUCUUUCCGGGAGUUCUACACAGAUGAGGACUUCCCGCUCUCCAAGGCCCAGCAUGAGGUGCUGUGGUUUGAAGUGGAGCUGGAGCCAGCGCUGAAGGGGAGUGUUUCUCUAGAGCUGGAGAAAUGCUGGGCUACGGAGGACCAGGACCGGACCUUGACGCCUGCAUGGGACCUAAUCUCCAAUGGCUGCGUCAACCCGGACAGCCCUCUUCCGGUGAAGCUUAUCCCCGUUUGGGAGGACUCCAGAGUCUCCUUCCCACCUCAACUCAAGAGGUUUGAGCUGCGUCUGUCCUUGUCAACCUUCCAGUGGUCCAGUCAUCAGCUUUUUGUCCACUGUGACGUGACCAUCUGUGACCCCAGGAACCCUAUGGACCCCGUGUGUUCUGGACAGUGCUCCGGCCAGCUGCAAGGUCCCCGAGUGUCUGCACAGGAAGAAGUCUCCUCAGGACCCAUCUUCAUCAGCUGAACCAAACUUUUAUCACAAUAAAAGGCUUUUAAUACUAA